CAUCAACAACAGCCCUGCACGCGUGUCCCUGGAUUAACUGCAGACAUGGGCUCGGCGAGACAGCGCUUAGGAAACUCUCCCGACUUUUUAACUCCGGCGAGCCUCCCGCGACGAGCGCUGCUCUGCCUCUCGCUUGCGGUUUUGGCGAAGCUGUGCGCUGCGUUUAACUUGGACUCGGAGAACCCUACCGUCUAUAGUGGACCCAACGGGAGUUAUUUUGGCUACUCUGUGGAAUUUUACUUGACCAAUUCUUCCAGUGUCAGCGUUCUGAUUGGGGCUCCCAAAGCCAACACCAGCCAACCGAACAUCACCGAGGGCGGGGCUGUUUACUACUGCCCGUGGAGCCUGAGCCAAUCGGAUUGUAGCAGCAUUGGGUUUGACAAUGAAGGAGACCGCUACUACACCAUUAACGACACCAGCGAGCGAGUGGAGUUCAAAUCCCACCAGUGGUUUGGAGCGACAGUGCGUUCCCACGAGAACACCAUCCUGGCCUGCGCGCCGCGGUACUAUUGGAGGACCACAAACGAAGAGGCGGGCUCAGACGCCACGGGCACCUGCUACCUGUCAGUCAACAACUUCACCAAGUUUGUGGAGUACGCCCCCUGUCGCUCGGAGAGGAACGGCCCUUCUGGACAAGGAUACUGCCAGGGCGGGUUCAGUGCUGAUUUUACCAAGAAUGGCAGAGUUGUUGUGGGGGGACCUGGCAGCUUCUUUUGGCAAGGUCAGCUGGUCUCUGCCACCAAGGAGAACAUCGUGAAGGACUACUACACCGGCUACUUCAAGCUGUCCGUGAGGGGGCAGGUCCAGACAGCCCAGGCGCAGCCCUCCUAUGACGACAGUUACCUUGGUUACUCUCUGGCGGUGGGGGAGUUCAGCGGGGAUCUGGAUGAAGAUUUUGUGGCAGGGGUCCCGAAAGGAGCCUUGAUCUACGGCUACGUCUCCAUAUUGAACGGGACAGACCUGAAAUCCAUGAUGAACUUCACUGGCGAGCAGAUGGGCUCCUACUUUGGCUAUGCAGUGGCCGCCACUGACAUCAACAACGAUGGCAUGGACGACCUGCUGGUGGGAGCUCCUAUGUUUAUGGUACGGGGGUCAGACGGACGGCUGGAGGAAGUGGGGCGCGUCUACGUCUACCUGCAGACAGGACCCCUGGACUUCGGCCCCAACCCCCAGCUGCUGACGGGGACCCAGGCGUUCAGCCGGUUUGGAAGCUCCAUCGCGCCCCUGGGGGACCUCAACCAGGAUGGGUUUAAUGAUGUCGCAAUCGGCUGUCCUUUCGGAGGGGAAGACCAGCGGGGACUGGUCCUCAUCUACAACGGACAGGCCGGUGGCCUCAGGGACACUCCUUCUCAGGUCCUGGUAGGCCAGUGGGCUUCCAGCAGUCUGCCGGCCAGCUUUGGAUACGCCCUCCGUGGGAACAAAGACCUGGACAAGAACGGCUAUCCAGAUCUCAUUGUCGGAGCAUUUGGAAUGGACAAAGCAGUGCUGUACAGGGCUCGUCCGAUCGUCAAUGCCAGUGCUUCCCUGACCAUCUCUCCCACUAUGAUCAACCCAGAGGAGAAGUCCUGCGUGGUCAACAAAGAUGGAACAUCCACUCAUGUCUCUUGCGUCAACCUCAGUUUCUGCCUGUCUGCCAACGGGAAGCAUUUGCCUGAUGAAAUAGAGUUCCUGGCAGAGGUGCAGCUGGACCGGAUGAAGCAGAAGGGGGCGGUGAAGCGGGCUCUGUUCAUGAGCACCCAGCAGCCCGUCAUGCAGGAGACCGUGCGCGUGCGGAACGGCGCCCGCAGCUGCAGAGACGUCAAGAUCUACUUACGGGAGGAACACGAGUUCCGGGACAAGCUGUCUGCCAUCCACGUGGCCCUCAACUUCAGCCUGGACCCCCGCGCGGCUGCCGACCGGCACGGCCUGAGGCCCAUCCUCAACUACCAGACCACGGAGCUCAUUGAGCAGAAGGCCCAGAUUCUGCUGGACUGCGGAGAGGACAACAUCUGUGUACCAGACUUGAAACUGGCUGUGCAUGGGGGGAACCAAAAAGUGCUCCAGCAGUCGCCCACUGAGCAGCCGUUGGUUCUGACCCCCAGCCCGGAUCAGCACCGCGUUCAGAAGAGAGAGGCUUCUCGAGACCCCCUCUCCGAGCUCGGCACGUUGAGCUGCUCGCAGGUGGAGUGCUGGAGGCUGCGCUGCGAGGUGGGCCAGCUGGAGAGGGGCACCAGCGCCAUCCUGAAAGUCCGCUCCCGCGUCUGGGCAGAGACCUUCACGCAGAGAACAUACCCCUAUGUCCUGGAGUGCACUGCAACCUACAACGUUCUCAAAAUGCCCUACAAGAUCCUGCCCAGGGAGCCGCCUACUGGAUCUAAACAGGUCAGCACGCAGGUGAUUUGGAACAAGCCGGACAGCCAGUACGCUGUUCCCCUCUGGAUCAUCAUCCUGGCCAUUUUAGCUGGUCUCCUGCUCCUAGCUCUGCUCAUCUAUGUGUUAUAUAAACUUGGCUUCUUCAAACGAUCUCUUCCCUACGGCACUGCAAUGGAGAAAGCCCAACUGAAACCUCAGGCUGCAUCUGAGGCCUAGAAAAAAGAAGCGGGCGCCAAAACCGAAAGACCCCUGAAAACGAACAGCAACCCACAAGAUUGUCAUGGAAACCAAAGACGGAAAACAAAGUCUCUAGUUUAGACACAGGAGGAUGUCCACUGGAACUCCACCGUGUUGCACUAAAGAGAAAGAAAACAACACAAAUGAAUGUUUACUUUAAUUUAAUUAAACACGAGGCUUAGCAGGAUUAGGAGGAGUUAUUUUUAGGAAGAAAUAAAGGAAAAACAGGCUUACUUCCUGUCUUCCAUCCUGCACAAUGGAGGCAGUGGCCAGGUGUAACCCCAGCACUGUGCCUCGUACCCACAUCUUGUCUCUAAUCCUUCAGCCUCGUCUCUGGGGGACGCUGUCCGCAGUCUCUGCUCACGACCGGCUAGCCCCUGUUGUCUGGGUGUGAGGGACUGGGGGGUCCGGUUUGAUUUCUCUUGGUGCUAGAAUCAAUCACACAGAGAGCCUCUUGGCAACACGUUUCAGCCGCGGGAACAAUGUGGGGUUAUUUUUCAAAAAGCUAACUUUCGAUGCAAAAUUACACAUGUAAAACUGCCCUGAAAACAAUACCUGGGGUUGGUUUUUAAUACAAGAGAAAAACUAAAUGAAAUCCAGGUCUGGGAUUUCUAGAGUUGUUUCUGCCAAAGACCACCAUCCUUUUCUGUUUCCUGACCGGCUUCAGUAUUUCCUGCUAUUUCCCCUGUUCCACGUUGGGAUGGAGCUCUCCAGAUGCUGUACCUAGUCCAAAACCUGGAUCAAUCCAAUAAGUGCCUUUAGCUUUUUAAUGUGUUUUUCUCAAUAUUUUAUUGGAGAAGCCCUCUUAAGUUUUUAAAGAAAGAGGGCUUACAGACACUGGGGUUGUAUUUUUCGAGAACUGCAAUCAAGACGCGAGUAUAUGAACACGAACUAACAGGAGAUUGAACCUGGAACAUCUUAUCACAAAACCAGGAAAAAUAAACAUCUGUAUACUGGUGUCACGUAGAGCCUAGACCCAAAUCCUGCACAGACUACGUUUCGAGUGAUGAAGGGCGGAGGCUGUUUUUUUGUGUGCUCUUUUUAUGUUUUUCAGUCGUGAGAUUAUAUGUGCACCACUUAUUGAAGAGUUGAAACCAUGGGGAUCGAUUUUGCACUCGAGCCACUGGGAUCUGCCGGUGCUGAACAGGAGGUGUUGGAAGUUGCUCUACAGGUGUUCAGCACUCUGCGGUUUCCUCCUUUUGUUUGUUUUUUUAACCUUAGCCAUCCAUCCACCACCUCCAUCUGGCUCCGUUUGUCAGCAGAAUCCGUGAAACCAAACCAUCUGGGCCGUGCUGGAGCGACGACGGAAGAUCCUCACGCCCUCCUCCGACAGGGAGCCUUGAAGCUGCAGGAAUGGGAGACAUUAUGAGGCGUGCUGAUUGGGGUUCUUUUCCCCCCAUUGCAGAGUUUAGGGGAUCAGGCAGGGCACCCAGCUGCCGUACACGGUGGGCAAGAAGGCAUAGAUCUUGAAAGGCAAGGAAAUCUUGCCUUUCAUUAAACCAAAAAACUCCACUGGGGCCAUCUGAUGCCCCUCUCCACUGCAGCUGGGAUACCAAGCUCCAGUCACGCUUUCAGGCAAGCAUUUCUUUGCAGGGACUCAGAAAGGUCAAGUUUGUUUUCAGACUGUUUGGAACUACAAAGACUCUUUGGUGUAGUGCACUGGCCAAGUCUCUUUUGCAAUUGGUCUUGGUGCUUAUUGUGUUCAUGUGCGUUUCCCUAUGACAGUGCAUAACAACCACGCAAUCGUUUUGCAUGUUCCAUGCUCUCAAAGUGAUUUUACCCCCAAAUUUCCCUGUUUUUAUUGAUCUUUAAUCCACCCUGUACUUAAUUCAGGUUAGGUCUGAUUAAUAUUUAUCUCAAAUAACAUUGCCCACUUUGGAAGGUUUGCAAGAUCUGUGCUGUUGUAGCAUAAACAUUUGUGUUCAUUAGAAAAAUAAUGGUAAAAUAAUAGCAAUCAUCUGAAUAUCCCAGGACUCACUGAGAAAUCUUGUUUUUUUUUUCCAUUCUGUUUGUGCCAAAUCUUUUACAUACAAAUGCUGAAAUGAUAUUUUACCCCCCUUUUCUGAAACUUUUCAAAUCAGUGAUUUGAUCCUGUUUGCCUUGGUUAUUUCACUGUGGAAAAUUGCAAUCUUUACUGUAGUAAGACUCGGUGUGAACACUGCGAGAACGGAGAUGUUUGGCUCCUGGAAGGUUGAAGGCGCCACUCGGGAAAGGUUUAAGGUUGAUUAGAGGGGGUGGGGUAUGUCUGGGUGUGGGCGGGGCUGGGGGUGGAGCCAGGCGUGGUUAUGGGUGGUGGGUGUGGCUUGCUCCUUGAAUCCACACUGACUGCCACGGAAACCAAGACAAUCUGAAUAGGCCACUCAGAGGUGCAGCUUCAUCCAGGAACUGAAGACGCAUGGUUUGGGCCUCAUUUAUAAAUAUUAAUUAAAAACUGGAGGGUUUACCAAUCACUGCCAUGUCUCUUUGACAAGUGUUUUCAGUGUGUUGCCAAGGGCAGAUGGGGGGCGAUGUUAGGCGAAGUGCAUUUUCUCCAACUCUUCUGUUAUGCCUUUGUGGCCUUCAAAUAUUCCUCGCAAGCCCCUUGGCCUAUACCACCACUGAAGUAGCCGGUGCUGAGCUCUGGCCUUUAUUGUUCAAAAGUGGAGUAGCAGGGUAAUGAAAACGGCAAUACCUGCACUCCGAAGCUGCUAAACCUUUCAAGGCACGCGUGUGUCAUUUUCCAUCCGUUAACAGGCUGGCAGCCUCAUCACAGCGGAAGUUUCGGCUCUUUUCGCAGAUUGUCUGAGAGCGCAGGCGCCCGUAGCCUCCAGCACGUGUUGCGCUGCCGCUUCUCAAAGCGCACCUGUCCCACAGCAGGAGCCGGCCCUUAGCUCUCCCACUGUCCUGCUCGCUCUGAGGCAGAGGUGUCCAGGCCUCCUGGGAGCCUGGGUCUCCUGAGGGAAAGUGACAGGGUCCUCAGAAGCUCUCGCACAGCCCUCAGCUCCUCAAGGAAUUUGGAUAAGUCACAGUGAGACAGAGGGGCUAAACGUCCAGUUAUUGGGAAACCCCCCACGUCAGUGGUGUAAGUGCAAUAUGUUUAUAGCUUCUGUUUCUCCCACGCUUGAUAUUUUAGAGUGAGGGGGCUGACCCAGAUGUGCCAGUCUUUUUUUUCCUCCUUGCUCCGAGUGUUUCUACAAGACCUUGAGUGAUUCACCUCAAUCCACAUACAUUUUUUGGAAAUGAACUGAAAAAAAAGGUUUUUGCCUACAUUUUAUUUAACUGCAAUGCCUUGAGCUUGAUUAAAGAUGGAAUAAGAACUCUCAGGGUGUCUGUCCUGCCAAUCCAGAGGCCUCUCAGGGGCUUUGACCUGUGACCUGAGGCCUUGUAAGAAUAUGGGCCGUCUCAGUCACUGGAUCAACAUGGAGGCCUAGCACAGUUACUAAGGCUGUGAUUGUAGCCCUUAGUCUGCCUUGGGCACCAGAGUUUAUAGUUUGUAGUGCAUGGUUGCAAACACACGUCUGUUUUAACAGUUUUGUAUAUCUGCAUGUGUUAUCUACACACGAACUGACAUCCUGUACCUUAAAUUAGUAAGUUCCUGAAAAUCGCUGACUAGAGUCGAUUGUUCAGUAAUUUUAAAGAGAUGUUGCUGAGAAAACAGUUUAGUGUAACCGUAUAUCCAGCAUAAUGGGCAAAAGGAUAAUCUUGCGACAGAUGCAGGGUAUUUGAGUUUUCAGCUGCCUUUGUUCAUUAGACAACAAACCA